AUUGCAGUACAUUGUUCACUGUCGUUUCACUUCGAAGUCUUCGAACUCCGUGUUUAUGUUAAACAAUUUGGUGUGUACCGCGAGCGACUUGGGGCUCGAGCUCGAUUCGAGGCGAGUACGGCGAAUAAUUCCGCCAGUACAGGAGUCCCCGGUCGUGUUUUAUUAUUAAUAGAAAUAUUCGGCGACGAUUCGCUCGUCCAAUGUGUCGGUCACGGCGGUGAAACCCGAGGCCGACGAACGACGACGACGAGGACGAGGACAAUCCUUCCUCCACGAUUUACGGCUCUUCUACGGGUCCUAAAGCACCAGGAGUCGAGCACCGCGAGGUCUCGUGCGAGGAGUCGUUGACAACGGCUGCGCUCUACGGCGGGGAACCUCGAUCGCGGUUUAGGCUUCGCACCAUCGUACGAUGGCCGAUUCUAGCGACUUGGAUCGGCAAAUCGAGCAGCUGAAGAAGUGCGAGAUCAUCAAGGAGGCCGAGGUCAAGGCCCUGUGCGCGAAGGCGCGUGAAAUCCUGAUCGAGGAGAGCAAUGUACAGCGCGUUGACUCACCUGUGACAGUUUGUGGAGAUAUCCAUGGACAGUUUUAUGAUUUGAAGGAGCUAUUCAAAGUAGGUGGAGAUGUGCCAGAAACGAAUUACCUUUUUAUGGGAGAUUUUGUAGACCGAGGUUUUUAUAGCGUCGAAACGUUUCUUCUUCUACUUGCGUUAAAGGUCCGUUACCCCGACAGAAUCACGCUGAUAAGAGGAAAUCACGAAUCACGACAGAUAACGCAAGUUUAUGGCUUUUAUGACGA